AUGGUGCUGGUGUGGCUGCAGCCAGCUGCCAGCCGGCUGGCUGGGAGGGGCCUCGCUCGUGAGCUUUACAAAUACCAGGAGCAGUCGCAGCUUCUAGAUGCCUAUCUAGAAAGCAUUGUUGUACCGCUGGCGACCCUGCUGCGCCGGCAGGCGCUACAGCAGCAGGACCAAAGCCUGCAUCGCGUGCUGGGCACUUGUCGGCUGCUCAACGUACUCGUUGUGGUUCGCGGCUACAAGACCGUGGUGCGCUUCUUUCCCCAUGAGGCCGCGGACCUGGAGCGCGUUGUGGACAUUCUGUGCGCAGUACGAGCGCAGCAGCCGCGCGACGCAGAGGGGGGCAUCGCGCUGUGGGAAGCGCAAACAAUUCUGCUGCUGUGGCUGUCCAUACUCAUCCUCAUCCCGUUUGACCUUGCCACCCUGGACAGCAGCACAGCCGCCCCGGGUGGAGAAGCUGACAAGAUCUUGCCGUACACGCCCCUGGUGGGCCGCAUCCUGAACCUGUGCCAGGAGUACCUGCACCACCCAGGGGGUGUCCGGGAGAUGGCGGCGGUGGUUCUUGGUCGGCUGCUCACCCGGCCUGACAUGGGUUCAGCCAUGGCGGAGUUCCUGGAGUGGUGUCCUGGCGCGGUUGGGGGGGUGGACCCCCUGAGGCAGCCCUUCCUGCUGCCGGGCAUCAUGCAGGCGCUCUGCUGCGCCUUCAAGCUGGGUCAACGGGACCGGUUACUGCCCUUCGCAUCGCGGGCCUGGGCACUGGCGCACUCUCUGGCGGGUUUUGGCGGCAGCGGGUCCAAACCGACCCACGGGUCGGGAUCUGGGUCGGAUCAGAACGCGCUGGCUCGCAAGCUGACUGUGAAGCUGGUGACCCGCAUUGGGCUGACGUUUUUGAAGCCCCGUGUAGCGCCUUGGAGAUAUGUGCGGGGAGGAGCCAGCUUGGACGUGACGUUGGGGCCCUCCGCCCGCUCUGGGGCUGCCUUAGGCGCUGUACUCCUAGGGCAGCUGGGCCAAUGGACGUGCCAGACAGAGCAACUUCUGGAUGGAGGCGCUACUGGUGGUGGUACGGCGGAAGGGGAUGAUGAUGAUGAGGAGGAGGAGGAGAUUGAGAUUGUUGAGGAGGUUGAGGAGGUGGUUGACGUGUUGCUUCAGUCCUUGCGCGACAAAGACACGGUGGUCCGCUGGAGCGCCGCAAAGGGAGUGGGGCGAGUCACGGGCUGCUUGCCCCGGGAGCUGGGGGAUGAGGUAGUGGAGGGCGUCAUGCAGCUGUUUGGACCCACGGAGCUGGACAGCUCUUGGCAUGGCGGCUGUCUGGCCCUGGCCGAGCUGGCUCGCCGCGGCUUGCUGCUGCCGAACCGCCUGGCGCGCUUGGUUCCCCUCAUCGCCUCCGCGCUGGGGUACGACGUACGGCGCGGGCCGCACAGCAUCGGGGCGCAUGUGAGGGACGCGGCGGCGUACGUCUGCUGGGCAUUUGCACGUGCGUACGACCCGCAGCUCCUGGAGGGCAGUGUUACGUUGUUGGCCUCCUCGCUGCUCACCCUGGCCUGUUACGACAGGGAGGUCAACUGCAGACGUGCCGCCGCCGCCGCUUUCCAGGAGGCCGUGGGUCGCCUGGGUAACUUCCCCCACGGCAUCGCCCUGCUCACCGUGGCGGACUACUUCUCAGUGGGCAUAGCACAACAAGCCUACCUGCGAGUGGGCCCUCAGGUGGCCGCCAUAGGGCCCGAGUACCGCACCCCCCUGGCCACCCACCUCGUCAAGGUGAAGGCUAGGCACUGGGAGAAGAGCCUGAGAGAGCUGGCGGCGAGGGCGGCAGCGGCGCUGGUGCCGUACCAUGCGUCGUACUUUGCAGGGCCGGCACUGGACGAGCUGCUGCCUGCGUGCCUGAACGAGCAGCUGGAGGUCCGCCACGGCGCAGUAGUGAUGGUGGCGGAGCUGCUUCCCGCGCUAGCAGCAGCAGCAGCCUCUGCUUCGGCCUCCGAAACCAGCACCGCCGCCAGCUGCUCCUCCCCCCCCUGCUGGCCCCUGGUUCCGGAGCGCCAGGCCGCUGUGGCGGGUCUGGUUCCCGCCAUUGAUAAGGCCCGGUUGUACCGGGGCAAGGGCGGCGAGGUGAUGCGGGAGGCGGUGGGUCGGCUGGUGGAGCGGUGCGCGGGGGUGGGGCUGGAGCUCAGUGCCCAACAACAUGCCAAGGUGCUGGAGACUUUGGACGAGAACCUUCGCCAUCCACAGCAGUACAUACAGACGGGCGCGGUGGCGGCAGUUCGGGCGUACGCCAGGGCCUACCUGGCCGGCGACCCACGGGCCGCCGCUGCCUUCCGCACCCGAUACCAGGACGCCUACCUCACCCGGCUGCACGACCCCAAUGUGGCUGUACGGCGGGGCUACAGCCUGGCUCUGGGCUCUCUGCCUGCUCAGCUACUGCGGCCAGUGCUGGAGGAGGCGGUGGACGCGCUGGUUGACGGCUGUGUGCCCGAGGAGGACAUUGACGAGCGCGAUGUGGAGAGCAGGGUCAACUGCACCCGGGGCCUGGGUCUCCUUGUUGAGACUAUGUUUGCUGAGAGCGGCAGUGGCGCUGUGGGGCCCUGCAGGGAGGCGGCCGAGGUGCUGCAGGACAGGGUUCUGCCUUGCCUGUGCGCUUCCCUGGAGGAUUACACCACUGACAACCGGGGCGAUGUGGGCAGUUGGGUGAGGGAGGCGGCGAUGGGGGUGUUGGCGGCGGUAGUGUCGCUGCUGGCGAGGUGCUACUGUAACGGAGACAAGGGCGCGGGACAAAGCCGCGAUGGCGGAAGCGGCGGCGGCGGCGGCGGCGGCGGCGACGGCACGCCUGAUAAGGACUCGGAACUCGGCCGGGAGCUGACGAAGAUUGCCGGGAACGCCAUGGGGCUUUUGCUGCGCCAGUCGGUGGAGCGGAUAGGUCGUGUACGGGAGUGUGCUCUGCGUCACGUGGGUUUGCUGCUAGCGGAUGUCAGCCUGACGCCGUUCAUCCCCGCCGCGGUGCGUGUGGCGGCCGCCGUCAAAUCGGCGGCGGGCGCAGCGGACGCCGGCGGCGUGGCGGCGUCACUAGAGGCGCUUCAGCGUAUAGUUGUACAGCUGCUGGACGAGCCAUCGUACACGGGGCCGCUGCUUGAAGGCCUUGUGGCCAGCAUCGGCGGCGUCGAUAACUCCCUUGCCAAGGUGGCAUCGGCGGCGCUGCUGGAGGCUCUGGCGGCGGCGCCUCGCCAUGGCGGCGGCGACGGCGAUCCAGCUGCCGUCGCUGACGGCGCCACUGGCAGCGGCCAGUCGUUACCACCGUCGGUGCAACCGUCAACGUUUACGGCAGUGGCGGGCCAUCUUCUUGACAUCUGGUCCCGCCACGCCAAGUCUCCUCGUCUUGCAACACCGCUUCUGCGGACCGCACUGUUGCUAGUCACCAAGGCAGCGGACGUGGCGGAGGUACAACUGCCGCGGCCGCCACCUCCACAGGCAGCGGCAGCAGCCAUAUCAGAGCCGCCGUCGGCGCCGCCGCCGUCGUCGUCGUCGUCGUCGUCUUCAUCCUCCCCCGCGUGUUGCUCUCGCCUCGUGGAUCAUCUCGUUGAGGUGGUACGUGCGGAGACUCGGGGCUGUGCUGACGUUGCGCGCCUGGUGGACGCCGGUACGCUUCUCUGUCACUUGGUGCCGUACGGCGGCCACUGUCGUACGUCAGCUUUGCAGGGCCUGAUGGUGCUGCUCUGCAGCAGGUACCCCAAGGUCCGUCGCAACACUGCGGAGCAGCUCUAUCUGCAGCUGCUCGCUUUGGACUCCUCGUCCGCCGUAUCUACCGCAGGAGCCGCCACUACAACGACCACUAAUGGGUCUGACGCUGAGUCCGCAGCGGGGUUGACGGCGGCGGCGUCGUCAGGAGGUCCUCCUUCCCUGGAGCAGGUGGCGGAGGCGGCUUGCGACCUGCUGCUGCUGACCUCCUGGGAGGGGGACCUGGAUGCGGCCAAGGCAGCUAGGGACGAGCUGGCGGCGCUUGUGGGCGUUACGGUGCCCAAGAUGAAGGCGCAGGCGGCGGCUGGACGGGUGGCGGCGGUGGCGCGGGACGAGAACGCGUCAUACCAGGCACUGCUGGAUGAUUUUGCUCGUGGUUACUGA